AUGAUUACAGGUUGGGGGAGCCCCGAGAGCAAGGGAGGUGAGGAAACUGAUGUCUGGAAAGCAGCAGGCGUCAGUGGAGACACUCCUAGCCCUGCUGCCUUCUCACUGCACACACUUCCAGAUUCAGACAAACCAGAAAGGAAACCCACCAUGCAGGACUGUCCAUGCGGUGGCUCUUCCUGUGGCCCCAUUUCUAAGCGCUUCCAAGGACCUCACCAUAGUCCAGGACCACAAGCCAAGGCUACCCCAGUGUUCUUACCAUCCUGGGAAUGGGAGGAGCCAGGCCCAGCUCUGUCCUGUCUGCCCCGGAAGCCUUCCCUGAGCGCUGGCCUCUUAUUUACCCGUCUUUGUCUCUGGCUUGUUGGUCCCUGUCUUGUCUGAUUAGGGAACCCCUGAGGUCAGAAUCUUUGUCUCUCCAAUCAGAGUGUCAGGCAGGAGUUGGGGGCAGAUGCGGGGUCAUUUCUACAUGUGAGACCAAAUAGUGGUCCUGUUUAAGUUGAUCCCCUUGAAAGAAAAUUCUGGAAAAGCUCCUCAGAUGCACAGAUACACAGAAUCAGACCUUGGGCAAAGUGUGUAGUUGUACUUUUGAAGCUGUGCAACCUUGGACAAAAUACUUGACUUCUCUGUGCCUCAGUUUCCUUAUCUGUGAAGUAGGGGUGGUCAUGUAUCGAUACCUUCCCCAUGAGGUUGAUGGGAGGAUUGAGUUAAUAUAAAGCAUUUCAGACAGUGCCAG